GAAUCGUUUGUAUACGUGGAAAUGUAUUAGUAGUUAGUGAGUUAUCUGAAAGAAUUGGUAUAUUUGCAGAUUGAAAAAGGUGGAUAAUGGAGGUUGCUGGACGAAAAUUAGACAAUGCCUCAACGGAGUUUGUUUUACAUUGUCAGCCGUGCCUGAAAGACGGGAGGGAGAUCAGCGCCAAUGGUUACUGCAAAAUUUGCAAGGAGUUUAUGUGUGAUCUUUGUAUAUCUGCCCACAAGAGGUUCGCCAUUUCAAGAAAUCAUGUUUUCCUAACGAAAGAUAAAAUGCCUUCUUUUUAUAUGAACAAAAACAAAGCUGAUUUUCUGCCUACCGAACCGUGUCAUGAACACAGUAGUGAAAUGAUAAAAUUUUAUUGUCCAACCCAUGAUGACCUUGGAUGCCCAGACUGCGUUGUGUUACACCACCGAAAUUGUAAGGUUGAAUAUUUGUCAGAGACAGCAAAACAAUACAAAGAGUCCGAGGAGUAUAAAACACUAAACAAAAACAUUGCACACAUGGAAACUGUACUUUCCGCUUUGAACAAUGAAGUAAACGAUUCCGAGACGUUCAUAUCAGAAAACACAAAAGAAGAAAUACAGAAUCUGAGGAAAUUUAGGACACAUAUGAAUCUUGUUCUGGAUACAAAGGAAAAUGUGUUGCUGAAAAGUAUGAAAGAAAACGAGAUCAAACAAAAAGAGAUACUUUCAAAAUUGAGAGUUGGGAUAAAAGGCUUAAAACAGACUCUAGCAGAAACGACAACAGACAUGCAAACGACAGAAAAACAGUUACACCAGCACUUCAUUCAUGCGAAAAUGGCCAAGAAGCAACUUGUGAAGCUGCAAGGAGAAAUCAAUAAGAUCAACGCAGAGAUCAUUUUGGACACGUCUGUUCGUUGCACAUUUUUGACAGACAAACACACUGAAGCUCUGAUCAACUCUUCAGACAUCUUAGGACGUGUCGACUUUUCCAAUGAAGGAAUUACAUCAGAGACAGACAUAGAUCUAUCUACUGUGGAAUGGACAAAAGAUCCCGAGCUGGACAUUUCAUGCACAGAAGACAAACAUGGACCCGAAAUAACAAGUUCCGCUCUUGUGGAACCAGGAAAAUGUCUUAUGGCCGACAAUAAUAAUAAAUGUGUUAAGCUUGUAGAUAUUAAUGUCAACAAGGUCUUGUCACGCAUUGAACUGAUUGGACGCCCUUGGCAGAUGUGUGCUCUCCCUAGCGGCCACGCAGCUGUUGCUCUUCCAAAUGCAUGCAGAGUACAAUUGGUAAGCGUUAAAAAUGAAUCAGUAAUUGCUGGGAUAAAUAUCGUCGUAUCAGGUUCAUGCUAUGGACUAGCAUACACUGAUAAAAGCCUUUUUGUAUUCUACGAACACCACGACAAAGCACCAGGAUACUCGUAUGUAGAAAGAUUAUCGAUGGCUGGAGAUGUGUUGCAAUCAUUUUCAAUGCAGACUAGAGCUGCACGAUAUAUAACCGUUAGCUCUUCCUCAAUUUACGUUAUUGAGUCUGGCAGUAGUCGUGUCUUUCAAGUUGAUUUCAACGGAAGUUUACUGAACACAUAUGAAGACCCGUUGCUAAACUUGUCAUCUGAAUCCACCAAGGUCGGGAAGGAACGAAUACUAGUGUUUGCUCGCAGUUCUCGUCAUAUAGUUUUGAUAAACGGAAAGGAGAGGAACCUGAAAGUUAUCUUAUCGUUAAAAGAUUUUGGGUCCCAGAAUGCUCCGUUUAAUUUAUCAUUCUGUCCAGUGAGCAGAAAACUUCUGGUUGGAUUGGAGGUCUUCAGUGCUGUUGUAUAA